AUGUAUGUCUCCUCCACCAUUCCAUACCUGCCUCCCAGCUGCUGUGUGACUGUGCUAUCAAAAUCAAGUCAGUUCAAGCGAGUACUGCCUUUUAUUGGUGUCUCUCGCCUCCAAGAUGAAGUGCGGAAUGCGGCGGCGGUGCCAACAACUCCCGCUGGCCCCUGCAGAGAGACUGCGGGAUUCGAAGCGAGACAGCACACACCGCGUGCAACUGUCCUUCGCCUCACCUGCGCCUCUCGUGUCGGAUGCAGUGCACAGGGGGGAGGCAGACGACGAGGAGGAAGACGACAGGAGAACGGAGACCCGAGUGCCCGUGCCCCAUCCUCACCUGCCAACGUCAGCACAGUUGAAGUCGUCGCUGUCGGCGGUGACCGCUCGGACAGGUGGAGACCGUGGGCGACGAGAUGUGGUUGGCGACGUGGGCCUGCCGCUUGCUGUUGGAGCUGCUGCUGCUGUACAUACCCAGAACUGCUCACUGUGCGUUCCCUGUGGGGCUUGACCACCAGAGGUGCAGCCACCCCGCACCUACCCGGCCUUGUUAGUCCAGCCCUGGGGUCUGCAGGCCUCCCUCACCCUCACUCUCUUGGAGGCCCGUUUCCGCCAGCUGUGGCAGCGGGACUGUCCCUGUCUCAUGGGCUGCUGACGACCGGAAGCCGCGACCCACUAAGCAUCUACCCCUGGUUGCUGGCACGACCAGGCCACUGCUAUGGUUACACCUACCCUGGGUCCGCAGAAGCCAGCUUUCUCUUUCAUCCUUAUCGGAACCAAGCGGAUCCGAACAGCCUUCUCGCCAUCACAGUUACUGAAGCUGGAGCAAGCCUUCGAGCGAAACCAUUAUGUUGUUCGGGCAGGAAAGGAAGGACCUUGCCUCCAAACUAGGAUUGACGGAAC